AUGUGGUCCUGUGAGGCAGGCGGUGUGGAGUAUCCACCUGGAUAUGGGGUACACGGCACCGGCCUUCCGAUGCACCUCGUGUACUUUGACAACCAGCUCGAUGUGCAGAAGGGCAGAGAGAGGAUCGCCUUCAAUCGACUUCGAGACGAUGCGCGCUCGACGAACAUGAUCGCCUCCUGCUGCAAGGCCCUGCUUUGCGUCGAGCAUCCUGGCUACGUCGGCCAGUCGGUGCUGCUCUUCCCGGACUUCAUUACCAUCUUGGGGGUUCCGCCCCUCCUCCCUCCGGCCUGCCGCAUCUUCAUCAAGGACUGGCCUGCAGAUGCCUAUGCCAAGCUGCCCCCGAAGCCGGGCAUCUGGUGGGAGGAGGGUAAAAUGUACGGCCACAGCGAGCAACACAAGGCCCUCGCAGGCAAAAGCGUGGAAGGCAUGCUGCAGGCCAUGCCCCUAAGCGCGAUCGGUGAGACCUUCCAACAACUCCUCGAGGCCGUGGGCGGAAAGGUCGAAGUCCUCGGCCUCCCCGAGGGCCCCAACAGCAGGCGCAAGAAGAGAGUCGAAACCCUGCAUAGUGGUUUCAGGACUUCAUCGCCGUCGGCUUGGGACAAGCGGUCGGUCGGACUCCUCUUGAGUCACUAUGUAAGUGAUCGAAUGGUAUGUAAUAUGUUAUUACAACAGAGACAGUCAUUCGGAGUUGCCCGAGGCAGGCCCGUAAGUUGGUUUUCAGACUCACAACACCGGUCAUUCCAUAACGGGUGCCCGUAA